AGGACAAGGGACAAUGUCAAUUUUUAUUUACAUAACCUAAAAAUUGAAAUCCAAACAAAGGGUGUUGUUAGUAAUUAAAGUCACGUAGCGUACCGGAUAUCCCGGUUAAAAUGUCUUUAAACACCUUCUUAGAUUUUUUCCAAAAGGGCAAAACUUUCCGUCCGAAAAAAAAGUUUGCUCAUGGAACUAUUAGGUAUAGUUUACAUAAGCAGGCCCAGGCCAGUCUUAACUCUGGGAUUAAUUUGAGAAAUGCUGUUAAACUGCCCUCCGGUGAAGAUCUGAAUGAUUGGAUUGCUGUACAUGUCGUAGACUUUUUCAAUCGAAUAAACCUGAUCUAUGGCACAAUCUGUGAGUACUGCACUGAACAAACAUGCCCAACAAUGUCUGGUGGGCCCAGAUUCGAAUACUUAUGGGCAGACGGUGAUAAAUUUAAAAAACCCACUCCACUACCGGCCAGGGAAUAUAUUAGUUAUUUAAUGGAUUGGAUCGAGCUUCAGAUCAAUAACCAGGCUCUGUUUCCAUGCACCAGUGAUAUGCCGUUUCCAAAAAAUUUCUCUACACAUUGUAGUAAGAUAUUGGCCAGACUGCACAGGGUGUUUGUACAUGUUUAUAUACACCAUUUUCAAAAUAUUGUGAGCAUAUCAGCAGAAGCACAUGUAAAUACCUGCUACAAACACUUCUACUAUUUUGUAACCGAAUACAAUCUUGUUAGCAGGAAAGAGUUGGAACCAUUGCAAGAAAUGGCAUUAAAAAUCUGUAAAGACCCUUAAAGGUGACAAUAAUGGGUAAAUAAACUAAAAAUUAUGAUAGCACAGCUUUUAGUUAAAUUUGGAAAUAACAUUCAGACUUAACUUACUACUUUGCUCAUUAAAAAUGACUUAAUCAACUUGUACCUUUUUUGUCAAGUUGUAAUUUACAGUGUUUUUGAACCUGCUUUAUAGUUAGUAAUUAAGUAAUUAUACAAGGUGUCUAAUUGAUUUUGGUAUAUUAGGGGUUAAGGCAGGUCAAGUAUCUAUUGCCAACUAUUUUUAUGAUAUUUAAUUAUUUUCUAAAGAAUUAAUUAAAUAAGACAUCUUUGUAACUAAAGCUUUAAAUUAUAAUAGAACAUUUUUCUAACAAUUUUAAGGGGUCUGAUACAACCCAGUAUGUCUGGACAUGAUCACUAUGUAAUUCGAAUUUAUUUUUUAUUUAUAGGAAUGUAGUAUAGGUAUUGUAAUUUUAAGUUAUAUAAAGAAAUGAAAGUUUCAAUAUUGUA